AAUGCAUUUAACACCAGGCAUCAGUCCAGUUUGUUUUCAACCGACUCGACGAUUACCACAGUCACCAUGAAAGUGUUGGUAGGCCCUCUGGUGGUGAGUGUGUUGGCAGCAGUGACCACGGCGACCACGCCCACGUGUCCCGAGGACGACGGCGCGACGCCCGUCUUCUUCCCUGACGACACGGACACACACGGCUACUGGGAGUGCAGCAACGGCAAAGCCGUCCACAUGGUGUGCCCCGACGGACUCGUCUGGAACUCCAAUAUCAACGCCUGCGACUGGCCGGACUCCAGGAGAUAGAAGAUGUGCGCUUGUCCCAUCCAAAGACACCCUCUCGCUACAACAAGACUUUUUCUCUAAGAUUAAUUUUGUGAUAGAAGUUUCGUCCUAGAUCUUCUAUUAAUGUUAAAUGUCCCUGUAAAAUUUUAUGUUACAUUAAUUCAACUAAAAUAAACUUACUUAAGUAAAUAA